AUGUCACUACCAUUGAAGCCUUUGUCGAUUGAUUCUAAUUUUAAGAAGUUUGAUUCCAAGCAAACUAAAUUUCAUCAAAGUGUCCAAAAAGCAUUACAACACUUUGAAGCUGUAACGGAAUGGGCUGAUUAUAUUGCGAGUCUAGGUAAAUUAUUAAAGGCUUUACAAAGUUGGUCACCACAAUUUUCGAAUGUAAAGUAUAGUGUUCCAUUUCCAUACCAGGUUAGCAGAAGAUUAGCAUCUUCAUUAUCCCCUAAUUUACCAUCAGGAGUUCAUCUAAAAACACUUGAUGUUUAUACAUUUAUUUUCGAAAAGAUAGAAAUGGAGACAUUGAGCAAGGAAUGUAAUAUAUGGGUAUCUGGUAUUCUUCCACUAAUGUCCUAUGCAUCUAUAUCUGUAAAGGCACCUCUUGUUGAACUAUACGAUAGGUAUCUUAUUCAGUUGCCACCUUCUGUUCUAAAACUUUUAGUCAAACCACUAAUAGGCAGUUUAUUCCCUGGUAUUGAGGAUGAGAGCAGUGAAUUCCAAACUAUGACGAUAGGGUUACUUGACACCUUAAGGAGUAACCUAGGGGACGAAUCACUUUUUUGGCAAAGCUGCUUUAUGGUGAUGAUUUCUCAUAAAAAUAGAAGAUUGGGAGGACUUGUGUUUUUAACAAAAAAGCUUCCCUCACUGAAUGCAGUUCCUCACCUAGCAGUAAAGUCCAAAUCAAUUGCGAAUUCCGAAGAUGAACAGUCUUUGUUGGACAAGAAACAGGCAAGAGAAGCUGCUCUGUCUCUGUUACUACCUGAAUCAACAAGUAUAGUUUCGCCUGAAGCUGGGUUGCUUCUAAGGUGUUUGGUAAAUUGUAUGAAUGAAGAUAAUGAGAUUUUAAUACAAAGGGGAAUUUUAGAUCUGUUAUUACAAAGAAUUCAUCUACAUUCGCCAGUUUUACAAACGAUCGUUUCCGAACCAGAUCUACAGCUGCUUGUCAUGAGCUGUUGUAAAACGAUGUUGAAAAAGGAUAUGUCACUAAAUAGACGUAUUUGGAAUUGGCUGCUUGGACCUACCUCAAAAACUCAACAACCUGAUAACGCUACCGUUAACGAUUAUUUUCCAAAAUAUGGCCUGAGGAGUUUGAGGAGUGGCCUUUUAAAUAUGAUUAAAAUAGAGAGUGAGGUUCCAAACGCUUUUCGUAUUUGUCUAGCAUUGAUGGAUCGGUGGGAAAUUGGAUCUCGUAUUGUCCCUGACUUAUUUACGAAGCUCAUGAAGGCGGCAGCAAAAUAUAAAACUAAUCAACAAAUUAUUAGAGGAGCUUCGUUGUUUUUUGACUCGAUAGAAACCAACGUUAUUUGGCGCAAUUGCUUCCAAGCUCUUGUAAAUGAUAAGGACUAUGAUUUACUCACUUUUGUUUUCUCCACUUUUAAUAUUUCCAAUGAGGAAGAAAUUAUUGUUAGGCAUUGUCCAUUGAUAUUUCUGGCACUGUUGAUCAUGUAUACGGAAGAAAAUUCCAAAGAUUUUGGAAAAAUCCAUCACCUAUGCAGUAUCUUAGUUGAUAUCAUCCCCGAUAGGGCUUAUCUUCCAAUUACCCAGUCAGAACUAAAUGAUGGACUAAAGUUUGAUAAACUACAAUUGCUGAAACAGAUUUCUGACUUUUAUAACAAAGAUCCGAGUCCACAAACUCCUGCUCAGCAAGAAGCUAAUUACCCAUUUAGCGGAGCCGAGCUAGCCUUUUUUACUACGGAGGAAGUUAGCACCCUGUUAAUGAAAAGCGUAAAUUCCUCAGAGAUGAUUAAUGACGUAUCCAGACUAUUUGUGUCUGUUAUUGACAAAAUUCCAGGCCAAAUAAACACAACCGAUAGCCAUUGUACCAAUUUUAAAGCGUAUUGGUUUGAUGAUGCAUUAGUGAAGGCAAUAUUUGACUUAAAUGAAAAAAGUACUCCUAAAGGGUUUAACAAAUGCGUUUUUGGAAUUGUUGAAGUUUACGCUAAUUAUCUUUCUAACAGAUUAGAUCUUAUAACGUCUAUUAAGCUGUUAAAGAUUAUAAUAACGUCCUUAUGGCCAUAUUUGCUUGAUCCAAACAAACAAAUGGAAGCCAUUAGAUGUCUGGAUACCUUAAAUAGAAGCAUUCCCACAAAGUAUAUCGAAGGUGCAUUAACUAGUGCUUUUAUUCAUGAACCUAAGAUAUCUUUGCGUUUGGUUGUUUUGGAAGCACUGUGGAAUUACCUUGAGAAUGAUAUUGAAAUGAUACGACAGCCACUUCAGCUAAUUUUUGAUGAGCUGUCGGAUGAGCAUAUGUUGUCAUACAUCACUGCAUCCAGCUGGGUAGUUGCUAUUGUAAAAGCGAAUGCUGCAAAUAGAUUGUUUCGGGUUUUAACUGAUAAUUUAUUACUAUUUGAGUUUUUUAUGGGCGAAAAAGUGACAGAACUAGAUGACUUAGACUUAUUCACGUAUCAUAUUCAAACUAUAACCAAUGUUUUAAGAACAGAUGAGGCAGUUGUUAUUAAAGCAUUUAGCACCGAAUUUACAUUAAUGCAAUCUCUGGACAAUGAUAAUGAAGAUGUCUCAACUUACAAAAGCCUAGUCGUUGCAAUUCUAUUAAAGUUUUUGAAUCUGGAAAACAAUUUGCAUGGUAAAAGUAUCCGAAGUGCUUUAAUCUUACUAGAUACGUUAAUAGACGGCACUGAAAAUAAUUUCAAGGAAAUCGUGACGAGGCUAUUGAAAUUAUCUUCAAAAUAUAUUAAAGUAGAGGGUCCGGAAUCGGUGUUGAUUAUUGUUUCAUUAUUGAAUAUUAUUUCCAAGGUUUUAUCGCUUUCCCACCUAAAUGGCAUCAAGUUGGAUAUUUUUGACGAUAAUAAUGCCCAUAUUAAUUAUAUUGAUUUUUUGGUUUCUAGUGUAAAGCAUCUCGAAUCUCCGCUAGUUAUUUCCUCUUAUGUUAAACUUUUAUCAGAAAGCAUCGUGUACUUCCAAAAUUCAACUUUUAACAUUAUUCUACCAUUAUCGACUUCAAUAACUGAGUGUAUUGAUAGACUUUUCUGUCAACAUAAAGAAAAAGGUACCAAUUAUAAAUCAUUUGCAUUAUUAAUUGAUGGCUUGGAAGAGCUAAUGGAAGUUUCCCAUGGUUACUUACUUGCAGACGAAAAUAGUGGCUAUUUGUCUGGAUCAAGUGUUAAAAACGAUUUUCUUCAGAAUAUGGUUUCUAAUGUAUUUUCAAAUGAUCCUAAUAGUUCCAACUCGAAAUUACAAGGCGAGAGGGAGGUCAUUAUUCAGUCUUUUAAAAAGGCAAUUGAUUGUAGUUUCGACAUUUGGGUGUGGGCGCAAAAGAAUUCUCAUUUAAAAGAAGAAGAUGCGAUAUCAGGAGUUGAUCGCGAAUUUUCCGAGUCUUUAUCACAUCUUUCUUAUAGGUAUAGAUUUAAGACCAAAAUUCUAAUUGAAAAGCUUUUUAACUUGGAACCGCUAGUUGUUUUAGAGUUCCUAAUAUCCAGAAGAAAGGAUUCUUUAACGGUUACAUUAACACAUGUACUAGAUGGAAACAGACCUGUCCUCACUUUACCACAUUUGAUGCAAAAUAUUGUUAAUAAGUGUAACAAAAGCGCUGUUGCACUUUUUUCUACCUCCUCUGCUUCAAGAAGGAUUUCUGAAACAUCAACGACGUUUUCAAAUCUCACAUCAGUGGACAUUAUGGAUUUCAUUAUAGAAUACGUUAACAGCUUAGAAAAUGCUGCCAUCGAAGAUUUUUAUAAUGAGUUUUUGAUAUUUAUACGUGAAAUUUCGCAAAACUAUACACAUUAUGAAUCAAUUAGCUUCCAAGUGUUGGAGUUAAUAGCAAUUAUCAGUGAAAAGCUAUCUCACUCACAGUUCGGUCAACAGAAACGAACCAGAAAGGAUGUUGCAGAUGGAUUUAUUAGGUACUUAAACAGCGUACAGUCUGAAGAUCUUAUAUUGAAAGCACCAGCUUCUGAAGAAGCCAUUCGAUGCCUAAUAUUCAUAUCCGAAAGACUUCAUUUUAUUGUGACCGAACCAAUUUACGGAGAUAGAUACAAUAAUUGUCUGUCUAUGAUAGUUUCAUCCUCAGUUGCUCCUAUUCUAAAGUCUAUGAAGUUGGAACCGAAACAAUGGCAGUUGUUUAUGGAUUUGGCGCUAUGCGUAGCAAAAGGAGGCGCAAAGGUUCGUAAUUGGAAACUAUUAAUACAUGAUAUCUUUAAUGAUCCAGCUAAAUUAAGCCAACUCGUUCGUAUUAGUCCAAAAUGGGAUCAAGUUAUGUAUCAUUGGAGCAAGUACCAAGAAAACCAAGAUAAGUUAUUAAAUGACCUCAUUUUGGCCAUAAGCCAAAAGGGCAAUACUUUAACGCCAACUAUCAAUCCUUUCCAGGGGUGGUCGGACACAGAGGUUUCAUUGAAAUGUAAGCAUAUGAUACAAAUUGCAUAUUUACUCGCGAUUACCCCGAAGAACACUUACCUUUUGUUUUUUAGACCGCUGAUGGACCAGAUCCAAGAAUAUUUAUUUCUAACUGACGCUCCGUUAAAAGCUAGCGCUUUCAUUAUGCUGCGAGUCAUAUUCCUUCACUUUGAUAUGACACAUUUAGCGGACUACUGGUCCGUGAUCAGUUAUGGGUUGCAAACUGGGUUGCAAGCCUACUACGAAAGUUUACAGAUUCAAGAAGUCAUUGAUUCUAACCUGGUUUUACAACUCUGUAAGACUUUAGAUUUAUUACUUGUUUUGUGUCCUGAAGACUUCAGCGCAACCAACGAAUGGCUGUUUAUUAUUGACACUAUCAACUGCAUAUAUAAGACAGAUCCUUUCAUGGCAAUAAUCGACGAGGUUAGUGAAAGUAAAUGCUACGCUAUAGGACAUGCUAUGGACAUUCAAUUGGCCCCUGAAGGUGAUUUUCGGGUUCCGUUGUUGUCUACUACCAGAAAAAUCGAUAGUCAUUUGUCAUUAAGGACAUUCUUCCUCAACCUAAGUUACUCACAUUACGAAAGUAUGUACGGUCUAAAACCUCUUGGACUGUAUGAGUGUCAGGAGGAUGUUAAGGCUGACAUCAUAACCGCAAUGCAGCAAACUUAA